UUGACUUCGUAGGACGAGACAAGAUGGUGGACUCCCAGUACCUUUUGCCCAAUGACAUUGGCAUCUCGCUGCUGGACUGCAAAGAUGCCUUCCAGCUGCUGUCGAAGGAGGAGAAGCUGUACGCCCAUUAUAUCUCGCGCGCCUCGUGGUACGGAGGGCUGGUUGUGCUGCUGCAGACCUCCCCGGAGUCCCCCGCCAUCUACGUCCUGUUACAGAAGCUGUUCCGGGCCCAGCCCCUCCCUCAGCUGCAGGAAAAGGCCACAGCGGUGGGCAUGACCUGCGAAGAAUACCAGGCGUUCCUUGUUUAUGCUGCCGGGGUUUAUUCCAACAUGGGCAACUACAAGUCGUUCGGAGACACCAAGUUUGUGCCUAAUUUGCCACAGGAGAAGCUGAAGGAGUUGGUGUGGCAGAGCAAAGCCUUCGAGAAGAACCCCGACGAGAUGGAGCGGCUCUGGCAGGUCUGUGGGGACCGGAUGUUCUCACUGGAGGAUCGACAAAAGCAGCUGGGCCUGGGAGCCAAGGGAACCACGGCGUACUUCUCGGGGAACUGCGAUCUGAAAGAUGCUGAGUUGGCACAGAAGUUCCUGGAUUUUAAGGGCAUAAGUGCUUACAACACCCGCUUGUUUAAGACUGUUGGUGACAAUGGAAAAACUAUUUACGAGGUCAGGCUUGCCUCUGUUAUUAAGGAAGGUAGAUGCCCCCUUGAAGGGAGAUUGGGAAACCAGUGCGGCGUUUACGAGUUUGAGGGCGUGACGUUCAAGGUGUGUCGGGGAGAUUACUCGCCGCUGAUGAAGAAGGUGGUGGAGAAUCUGGAGAAGGCCAAGGAUCACGCCUCCACCCCCAACGUGGAGAAGAUGCUGCUGCACUACAACCGUAGCUUCACCACCGGCUCCAUCGACGCUCACAAGGAGGGCUCCAAGCACUGGAUCCGGGACGAGGGGCCCAUCGUGGAGAGUUACAUCGGCUUCAUUGAAAGCUACCGCGACCCCUACGGCUCCAGGGGGGAGUUUGAAGGGUUUGUGGCGGUGGUGAACAAGGACAUGAGUGCCAAGUUCACCCAGCUGGUGGCCUCCGCCGAGCGGCUGCUGCCCCAGCUGCCCUGGCCCCAGCCCUUCGAGAAGGACCGGUUCCUCAAGCCCGACUUCACCUCCCUGGACGUGCUCACCUUCGCCGGCAGCGGCAUCCCGGCCGGCAUCAACAUUCCCAACUACGACGACAUCCGUCAGACGGUGGGGUUUAAAAACGUCUCGCUCGGUAACGUACUGGCGGUGGCCUACCACACGCAGAAGGAGAAACUCACCUUCCUGGAGGAUAACGACAAGGACCUGUACAUCAAGUGGAAAGGCCCCUCCUUCGAAGUCCAGGUCGGCCUUCACGAGCUGCUGGGCCACGGCAGCGGGAAGCUGUUCGUGCAGGACGACAAGGGCAAGUUCAACUUUGACACCGGCCUGGUGAAUCCAGAGACGGGCGAGGAGGUCAAGAGCUGGUACAAGCAGGGCGAGACCUGGGACAGCAAGUUCUCCACCAUCGCCUCCACCUACGAGGAGUGCCGCGCGGAGUGUGUCGGCCUGUACCUCUGCCUCAGCCGCGAGAUACUGAAGAUCUUCGGCCACGAGGGCGCGGACGCGGAUGAUGUAAUCUACGUGAACUGGCUGACCAUGGUGCGGGCAGGAGUCUUGGGCCUGGAGUUCUACACCCCAGAGACCCAGAAGUGGAGGCAGGCCCACAUGCAGGCCCGCUUCGUCAUCCUGCGGGUGCUGCUGGAAGCGGGCGAGGGUCUGGUCACCGUGCGGCAGACCACCGGCGGCGACGGUAAACCCGACGCCAUCAUCACCCUGGACCGGGAGAAGAUCGCCACGGUGGGCAAGGCCGCCAUCGAGGCCUUCCUCAGGAAGCUGCAGGUGUACAAGAGCACGGCAGACGUGGAGGCGGGCCGGGCGCUGUACUCCAGCUACUCGCGGGUGACGGACGCCGAGCCAGAGCGCUACCUCACGCUGCGCCACACCGUGCUGCUGCGCAAGGAGUCCCGCAAGAUGUUUGUGCAGGCCAACACUCGCAUCGAAGGUGGAGACAUCCAGUUCCAGAGCUACGAGGCAUCGGCUGCCGGCCUGAUCAGCUCCUUUGUCGAGCGAUUCUCCGAGGAUGGCGAUGAGCUGGAGACUUGUCUUCAGGAGCUGUCUUGCCGCGACUCCAAACACUGGGGAAUAUGAUUCCGACUUCCACGCUAGUCCGUCCCGUCUCCAUUAUAUUUGCAAGAACUUGUGGGGUUUUUUCUACUUUCAGUCUCGGCCUUUUUCCGCUUCGGGCAAGUUUGAUUUCUCUUUCCCCCCCCCCCCCCUCUGUUAGAGUUUUGAAUUCCAAAGAUCACAAUUGGCCGAAGGACCUUGCGUUGUGUCCACGUCUGGUUUAAGUGCGGCACGCUGGCGCAGCGGGUAGAGCUGCUGCCUCGCGUCACCAGAGGCCCGGGUUCGAUCCUGACCACGGGCGCUUGUCUGUACGGAGUUUGCACGUUUUCUCCCCGUGACCUGCGUGGGUUUUCUCCGGGUGCUCCGGUUUCCUCCCACACUCCACAAAGACGUAAAAUUUGACUUUGGUUAAAAUUGUAAAUUGUCCCUCGUAGGAUAAUGUUAGUGUGUGCAGGGAUCGCUGGUCGUCACGGACUCGGUGGGCCGAAGGGCCUGUUUCUACGCUGUAUCUCUAAACUAAACCAGCGCCGCAGGAGGUAUAUUAGCGGGGUGGCCAAGAUUCGCAGAGCUAACCCCUCCCUUAACCCUUUCACCGCCAGUCCCAGGCCACGAGGUACAGAGAUCUCUUCAUAAAAUAACUGUGUGUGUGUGUGUAUUCAAACUGCAUUCACAAGUCAUAGGAGCAGAAUUAGGCCAUUCGCCCCAUCGAGUCGAACAGAAUACCCCUCUGCCAUUCAAUCAUGGCUGUUCUAUCUUCCCCUCUCAACCCCAUUCUCCUCAUAACCCCUGAGAACCAAACCAAUCAAGGAUCGAUCAAUCUCUGCCUUAAAAAAUAUCCACUGACUUGGCCUCCACCACCGUCUGUGCUGAUGAAAUCUACAGAUUCACCACCCUCUGACUAAAGAAAUUCUUCCUCAUCUCCAUGCUAAAGGUACUACAUCCUUCAAUUCUGAGGCCGUGACCUCUGGUCGUAGACUCCCCCACUAGUGGAAACAUCCUCUCCACAUCCACUCGAUCUGGGCCUUUCACCAUUCGCUAGGUUUCAAUGAGGUCCCCCCCCCCCCCUCCCCUCAUCCUUCUAAACUCCAGCGAGUGCAGGCCCAGCGCUGUCAAACGCUCAUCGUACGUUAACCCGUUCAUUCAUGGGAUCGUUCUGGUAAACCUCCGGGCGGGCAAAUGGCACCGUGCCACACGACCUCGUACUGAGCUGCCGGCUGGACGUGCCGGUUUCAGAUAUUCCGCGGAUGUCCCUCUGCCUCUGACCCCAGUGCCCGCCAUCUCUCUCCAACGAGAUCUCACGGUGGCGCAGCGGGUUGGACUGCUGCCUCGCAGCGCCAGAGGCCCCGGGUGCUGUCAGUACGGAUUUUGUGCGUUCUCCCCGCGUGGGCAUUCUCCGGGUUUCCCCCCCCCCCCCCCCCCCCACUUCAAAGCCGCGCGGGGGUUUGUAGGCAAAUUGGAUCGGUGUAAUUGUGUAGGAUGGUGUUGGUGUGCGGGGAUCGCUGGCCGGCGCGGACUCGGUGGGCCAAAGGGCCUGUUUUCCGGGCUGUAUCUCUAAUAAAAACUAAGGUGGA